AACGAGUGAUCGUGCUAGUGUUUCUAUAUAAUUUCCGAGUGUUCAGGAUUUAGAUUCAUAGCAUUUGUCCUUCAAAGUUUAAAACACAAUCGUGGUUCUUCUACUUUCAGGCUUCCAAAUUUGUUCUUCGAUUCUUCGGUUUUAAGUCUUGAAUCGUUCUUCCGUUCCUUCCCUUUUGAGUUUUACAAAGACGACGAACAAGAGGGCUUCAAUGUAUCAGUUUACUAGAGGCUAUUGGAGAAAAGAUGUUUACACUGAUGAUGAUUCAGAACGUUCGGAGAUAAGGUCGUCGAAGGUUCCCCGUCUUUCUGGAUUUAAAUCGGUUGCCGAAGCUCAGACACCUAAUGGGGGUGUUUUGCAUAAGAGUAAGAGAAACAUGAUUCUGAAAGCUGGCUCAUUUUACAUACCCAAGAAGAAUGCCCUAAAGCCGCAGGGUGAGGAUGCCCAUUUCAUUUGUCCGCAACAACAAGCCUUUGGUGUGGCGGAUGGUGUUGGUGGUUGGGUAAAGCAGGGUGUGGACUCAGGGGAAUAUGCCCGAGAACUCAUGAAGAACUCUACAAUUGCACUUCAGGCUGAACCUGAAGAUGCUGUUGAUCUAGAGAGAGUACUGAGAGUGGCUUGCUCAAACACUAAUGCCAUAGGAUCAUCUACUGCCUGUAUUAUGCAAUUGUUUAACGAGUGCUUACAUGCUGUCAAUGUUGGAGAUAGUGGGUUUUUGGUUAUUAGAGAUGGGAAAAUUUUCUAUUCUUCCCCAAUACAGCAACACAAAUUCAACUGUCCUUAUCAACUGGGGAACAACCCUAAGUGUGAUCAACCUAAUUCAGCAAUGGUAUUAAAAGUUCCAAUUAAACUUGGAGAUGUCAUUGUUGCUGGAACAGAUGGACUCUUUGAUAACUUGUACAAACAUGAGAUUGUUGAGGAUGUGAUUCAGGGAACCAGAUUCAUGGGAGUGGAUCCACAGUUGGUUCCAUGGAUGCACACCACUCAUCACUCCAACGUGAUUGUUUGUCUCCCUUCUCGGAGGCAUCAAAGAUGGCUGGAUUCAAUUAUCUUGGAGGAAAAAAAGAUGAUAUAACAGUGGUUGUUGCUUACGUCGUCCCAUCAGAAUGAAUUUUUAAUAGUUAUUUCAUUGUACAACUUAUAGGAUUUAUAGGAUUCAGGUGGUAGAGGCAAAACAACAACAUCAGAGUGUAGUUAUCAAACAUUCUUUUUGUAAAUGAUUGAAGGGUAAUACCACAUGUGACAUUGUAACUGACUCUAUAAUCCUUUAAGUUGUCCCAUCAGAAUGAAUACUUAGUAGCUAUUCCAUUGUACAGCUUGUAGGAUUCAGAUGUUAGAGGUGAAACUUCAGAGGGUAAUCAUGAAGCAUUCUUUUUGUAAAUGAGUUAAGGAUAAUACUACAUGCCACAAUGUAACUGACUCUAUAACCCUUUUCAUCAUCAAUG